AUGUGGGACCUGCGGCGACUCCGGGUCCAGCUGGGGACGUGGGACACCGGCGAGCCGGGCCAGGCGCCGGGCAUGCCCCCAUCCUGGAGGUCGCUGGGUCCCGCCCCCGGGCAGGGCCGCUGCUUCCUCGCACUGCGCCGGCGGCUGCCGGUCCUGGCCUGGCUUCCGAGCUACUCCCUACGCUGCCUGAGGCUGGACCUCAUCGCGGGGCUCUCGGUGGGGCUCACGGUCAUCCCGCAGGGCCUGGCCUAUGCCGAGGUGGCUGGACUGCCCCCGCAGUACGGCCUCUACUCUGCCUUCGUGGGGUGCUUCGUGUACUUUUUCCUGGGUACCUCCCGGGAUGUGACGCUGGGUCCCACGGCCCUCAUGUCGCUGCUCGUGUCGGCCUACACUCCGCGCCAGCCUGCCUUCGCCGUGCUCCUGGCCUUCCUGUCCGGCUGUGUCCAGCUCGCCAUGGGCUGCCUGCGUCUGGGCUUCCUCCUGGAUUUCGUGUCUUGCCCUGUCAUCAAAGGUUUUACCUCUGCAGCCGCCGUCACCAUUGGCUUCGGGCAGAUCAAGAACCUGCUGGGCCUGCAGAACCUCCCCCGCCAGUUCUUCCCGCAAGUCUAUCACACCCUCCGCAGCCUGGGCCAGGCCAGGGUGGGGGACGCCACACUGGGCCUGGCGUGCGGGGCACUACUGCUGCUCCUGAAGCUGAUGCGUGGACAUCUGGCCCCCGUGGGCCCCCACUCGUCCUGCGGUCAGCGCCUCAGCCACGGGCUGGUGUGGACGGCCGGCACAGCCCGCAAUGCCCUCGUGGUCUCGGGCGCCGCCCUGGUCGCGUAUGCCUUUGAGGUGACUGGUCAGCAGCCCUUCCUGCUCUCCGGGGAGACGGCCGGGGGACUCCCUCCGCUCCAGCCGCCGCCCUUCUCCGUGUCCACUGCGAAUGGGACGAUCUCCUUCACCGAGAUGGUGCAGGACAUGGGGGCUGGGCUGGCUGUGGUGCCCCUCAUGGGCCUCCUGGAAAGCAUCGCUGUGGCCAAGUCCUUUGCCUCGCAGGGGGACUACCGCAUCGAUGCCGACCAGGAGCUGCUGGCCAUCGGUCUCACUAAUGUGCUGGGCUCGCUGGUGUCCGCCUACCCGGUGACAGGAAGCUUUGGACGGACAGCUGUGAACGCCCAGUCUGGGGUGUGCACCCCUGCAGGGGGCCUGGUCACAGGCGCGCUGGUGCUGCUGUCCCUGAGCUACCUGACCACGCUGUUCCGCUACAUCCCCAAGUCCGCCCUGGCCGCGGUCAUCAUCAUGGCCGUGGCCCCCUUAUUCGACACCAAGAUCCUGGGGCAUCUGUGGCGAGUGAAGUGGCUGGACCUGCUGCCCUUCGGGGCCACCUUCCUGCUAUGCUUCUGGGAGGUGCAGUAUGGCAUCCUGGCCGGUGUCCUGGUGUCCCUCCUCAUCCUCCUGUACUCAGUGGCUAGACCCGUGCUGCAGGUGUCGGAGGGGCCGUUACUGGUGGUCCGGCUGGCCAGUGGCCUGCACUUCCCGGCCGUCGAUGCCCUCCGCGAGGCCGUGCUCAGCCGCGCGCUGCGAGCACCCCCACCCCGCCGCGCUGUUCUGGAGUGCAGUGGCCUCUGCAGUGUGGACUACACGGCAGCGCUGGGCCUCGGGACGCUCCUGGAGGAGGCCCGCAAGCAGGGCAUCAGCCUGGCCUUCGUGGGCCUGCAGCCCGCUGUCCUCCGAGUGCUGCUGGCUGCUGAUCUGAAGGGCCUACGGCACUUCUCCAGCCUGGAGGAGGCAGAGAGAUGCCUGAGCCAAGACCUGGGCACUGGGGCCUACCACCCGGGCGAGGACAGCCCACCGGAGCCCCGGGCCUGACCGCAGGGCACCUGCCCGUGCCCACUGCAUCUCCCCUGGCAGCUAAUGGCCAGGGGCUGCCUCCCACAUGCCACCUGAGGGGGCGCCUGUGCAGUCACCCCAGUGGUGCCCAAAGGAGAGAAUGACGCAGCCAGAGCCGGCUUGUUGGGCUGCUUCGGGUGCUGCUCUGCCUUCCCUUGAGGGCCCCUCCAGGACCUCUCCCCCAAGGCCCUGUCCCAGGGCCUCUGUUCUGCAGCAGGAACCGCCCAGGACCGCCCAGCAGUGCUGCAAACUGGCCGCGGGCUGCCCGGGCUGCAGUGGUCACGCAGCUUCUGAGGCGGCUGCGGGGGCGUGUGGCUGUGGUGAGUGGCCCCUUCCUGCCCUGUAAUGGGGUUUCAGUCCCUGCAGGCCAGGCGCUGCUUUUUUGUCCCUCAGCAGCUCCAGGAAUCUCCGCAGACAUCACUGGGUGUGGCCCCACAGCCAGGAAAAAGGAAAGAGAAAGGGCAAGGGGCCCAGAGAGUCUAGGGGCCCCCGAAGGACCCCCCCAAUCCUGCCUUCGGGACAGUGCAGGGAUUGAGACUGGACCCCAGCAACUGCAUUCUACCUCACCAGUGUUGGAUAUUAACCCUAAGUGUUCGAGGCUUCGUCUGUGAACUGCCCCUUUCCUCCUCCCAGGGAAGCUUGUUGUGUCUAAUUUAGUUAGUCUACCUUUAACCUUUACUUUGUAUUUUGACUUGCAUAGUCUCAGUCCCCCUGAGUCAGUCUUGAUUACUGAUAAGCCAAAACUUCCUGGUAAUUCUGAACUUUGUACUGCUUUGUAUUUGGAGUGCUGUGUAUUUGUACCUGCUUUUCUAUU